UGGAAGUUCGCGCUCGCGCGCGCGGCCAUGUGCUCGAGCAUAGACGCUCGAUCGUCGAUCAGUCGUCGCCGCGCGUUCGCGGGGAGUCCAUCGUGAGAGUCUGUAAUUUCGUCGUCUUCGGACAAGUUCGUUCUCUUUCGAGCAUAUACGAUCUUCGUAUCUUCUUAGGCUUCUUCAUACGAAUAAACAAAUCGAAAUAGAAGAUAAGAAGUAAGAUAAGAAGAUAAAAAAAAAAAGAAGAAAGAAGGAAGAAAGAAGGAAGAAAUUAGAAAGGAAAAAAAGAGAGAAGAGAAAGGAAAAAGGAAAGAAAGAAAGAAAGAGAGAGAGAGAGAGAGAGAGAGAGAGAGAGAGAGAGAGAGAAAGAACAAAGAAAAAGAAAAGAACAUUUUGAAAGAAAAAUUGAGUUAUAUCUAUUUCGUGUUUAGAGCUUGCAGGAUGACGAGGAUCAAGAACGAUCCUUUUAAUAUUAUCGUGGUACGACGCGUUCUGUGACGUUUCAUGUCCCAGUACAAAGUUAUGAUCAAGGAGAUCAAAGAUAUAAGAUAAGAGAUCAUCAAACACAUAUACCUACAUUUUUUAUAUCGUCGACGGAAAAUGCCAAGGAUCGCACGGGAUACUAUAAUCGUCCUUUGGUGGAUCCGGCGAUCCAUCCUGGCAUAUUGCAUCAGAAAUCUGACACGACCCUUGAAAGUCUUCUGAAGAAACAGGAUGCACCAUACGGCGCCGUGGUAUUUACCUUGGGGCCUAAAGCUGGUGCCACUACCGAUACCGCCAGGACAUCCGGCAUCCGGUCUACCAAAUCCCGGAUUGCAUCUAUUGGCACCCUUACCGGGCAUUUAUGCUCCGGAACCACGAAAGAUCGAUUUGAAGCCCCUUCGCGAAACAACGAUACCACUGCCCGCCUCUAAGGUUACGGAAAAACGCAAAGCCGAGGAGGCCGAUGCCAGUAAGGACUUGAAAAAGGCGAAAUUGGAAACGAAAGCAUUGAAAGCAAAGAGGCCAGGAUUCACAGACGAGCGUUACAAUGAGACCAGCUAUUACGUGGAAAACGGGCUUCGAAAGGUAUAUCCCUAUUACUUCACAUUUACAACGUUCACGAAAGGCCGAUGGGUCGGCGAGAAGAUCCUGGAGGUCUUUGCGAGAGAAUUCCGUGCCCAUCCUGCGGAGGAAUAUGAGAGAUGUAUACGUGCUGGUACGCUCACCGUCAAUUAUCAAAGGGUGGACGUCGAUUAUAGAUUGCGACACAAUGACCUUCUGGCUAACGUCGUUCAUAGACACGAGGUGCCUGUCACCUCGGAGCCGAUCACGGUGAUACACAUGGACGAGGACGUCGUCGUGGUCAACAAGCCCGCCUCCAUCCCUGUACAUCCGUGCGGACGUUAUCGACACAAUACGGUCGUCUUCAUUUUGGCAAAGGAAUACAACUUGAAGAAUCUUAGGACUAUCCAUAGGCUGGAUAGAUUGACCAGUGGAAUAUUACUUUUUGGUAGGACACCGAAAAAAGCAAGACAAAUGGAACAUCAGAUAAGAAAUAGACAGGUGCACAAACAAUACGUGUGCCGGGUCGAUGGUGAAUUUCCGGAGGAAGAAGUGGUCUGUUCAGAACCGAUCGAGGUCGUUUCCUACAAGAUAGGUGUUUGCAAGGUAUCCGAAAAGGGUAAGGACUGCGUCACACGUUUCAAACGUUUGAGUUACAAUGGAAAAUCUUCAGUGGUACUUUGCAAACCACAAACUGGUCGUAUGCAUCAAAUACGAGUUCACCUACAAUAUCUCGGUUAUCCUGUGGUGAAUGAUCCUCUUUACAAUCACGUGGUCUUUGGUCCUCACAAGGGAAAGGGCGGUAACAUCGGUAAAACAGACGAGGAAUUGGUCAGAGAUCUCAUUAGUAUUCACAAUGCUGAGAAUUGGCUUGGCAUGGAUGGGGACUCUGAGAUGAGUCUCUUCAAGCCGAAACUCGACAUGGAGGAACGCGAUUUGGCUGGCAACGAUAAGAACGUUAAUUCCUCGCCGGAGGAAGCAUCUUCGACGGCUACAUUGUCCGAGGAGGAACAACGGCCCCAGCAAGAACUUAAGUCUCUCAAAGUGACAGUUGGAACGCAAACGGGUUCAGAGCCACCCGAUCAAAGCUUCGCUAACGAUAAGGUCACCGUCGAUCCACACUGCUACGAGUGCAAAGUCAAAUACAGAGAUCCAAAACCAUCGGAUUUAGUGAUGUACCUUCACGCGUGGCGUUACUGCGGACCAGGCUGGGAAUACGAGACACCACUUCCUGCGUGGGCAGCCAGCGAUUGGACGGCCGAUGAUCGAUAGUUUACGAAGAAAUUGGGAAAUGCGUGUAAUGCGAUAUAUCGACCAAUAAUUCCCGAUGAACGAUCAUCGCGAACGAUCAUCGUGACCGACCCUUCAACAAUUUUUUUGAUAUCCUUACCCCGUGCCUUCCAUCCGCGAACGAGCGAUCGUGACCAUCGUACGUGACUUUGUCCGGAAAGUAACGAGACUUUGCAAUAUUCAAAUAACGUUUUCAUAUUCACUCCUCGACGGUUCAAGAAUUAAAAAUAAAAAAGAAAAAAAAAAAAAAAAAAAAAAAAAAAAAGAUAAAAAGGAAAAUAAAAAAAAAAGAAAAAAGAAAGAGAGGAAUAAUAAUAAUAAUAAUAAAAAAAUAAUAACAUAAAUAAUAAUAAUAAUAAUAAUAAUAAUAAUAAUAAUAAUAAAAGAAAAGCUACGAAGAAAGGAUCAAAAAAAAUAUUAAAUACCUUCGCGCUUUUUUUUUUGUUUUGUUUUUCUCUUCGCGAAUAGCUUAGCUCCAAAACUUUCAAAUAUGUAAUAAAACACAUUUUUUACUUAACGCUUGUACCUUAAUAGAAAAUUCUAUGCAAACGAAGAAGAAAAAGAGAGAGAGAGAGAGAGAGAAAGAGAGAAACAAAUAAACAAAAAUACAAAAACGAAUGACGGCAAAAAAUUUGAACGGUGCACUUUGCUUGUCAUAAAGAAAGAAAAAGAAAGAAAAAAAUAAUAAUAAAAUAAAAAGAUAAAAAGAAAUUCAUGAUCAAAGUAAUAUAUGUGACAAUCGACUGUUGAACCGUCGAGAAAUGAUAGUUAGGGUUGUAAUUUAAAAAAAAAGAAAAAAAAAAAAAAGACGUAUUUAUCACACGUUUACGUAAAAGAACAUGGUCUCGUUAUUUUCUGAAUAAUUUUUGGUACAUAAAAAAUCACCCCCUUUAACGCGUUGUGUAAACACUCGUGCUCGAGCGAAAGAAAGAGAGAGAGAGAGAGAGAGAACGAGAGAGAGAGAGAGAGAGAGAGAGAGAGAGAGAGAGAGGGAGAGGGGGGGAGGGAGGGAGGGAAAGAGGAAGAAUGAUACCUGAACGUAUAUGGUCAAGAUUCAAAUCGUGGAUCGUAUUACAAAAACGAGAUGAAAAAAAAAAAAAGAUAAUUAUCGCAAAACACAUAAAAAUCAAACACAUAUUUCAUUAUAAAUUUCAACAUCUAACGCACAAUUAUUAUUAGUCGGUUUUUUUUCUUCUUCUUUUUUUUUUUUUUUUUUUUUUUCAAUAAUA